UAACAAAACAUUAACUUCUCCAUGUUAAAAUGUGACGUCUAAGGAGAAAAACCAUCAGUUUAGACAUAUUCUGAAUAAACAGAAGAUCCAAAUCUCAGGAAGCAGCAAAAAAUGGGGUCUGCAACACACACAGUGUGUGUGUUCCUGUGUUUUUUGGUCUCAGGAUCAUGCUACACUCUCCAGACCGUGGGCUCAUGCACGGUCAACAGAGAGAUGGCUGCAUUUGACUGCAGUGGAAAAAGACUUACAUCGGUACCAAAGCACAUCUGGAUGAACGUAACCGAACUGGACCUGUCUGAAAAUCUGUUAGAUUUAACCCACAGUGACAGCUUCAAGCGCCUGAACCUCUUCAGCCAUUUAGUCUCACUGAACCUAUCAGGCAACUACCUCCCCCUACUGUUAAAAGAUCAUCUCUACAGCCUUUCUUCUCUUAAGGUACUUGACCUGAGUAGGUGUAAACUGGCCGCAGUGGAGGCAAAUGCACUGACCAGCCUUUCUAGUUUACAGAUGCUCUUCCUGGGGGACAUUUACAUCAUCUUUUCUGAGUGUGACCCUGCAAACUUUGAGGUGGGAUUCUCCACCCAGGGAGGCCCUGGGAUUCGUGCAGCUCCACCUCCCAGUGGCAUUGAGGAGGAUGACGAUGGGUUUAUUGAAGACAACUAUAUUCAAGCGGGUGAGAGUGAGAGAGCCACAAGAGCAGCAGUGCUGACUGAUGAUGAUGAGGAGGAGGAAGAGAUUGAAUGUAGUAUUGGCUAGCACUAUUACAUCUAACUUUGUUAAACCUUAUUUAUAAUAACUUGCAUUAAGUAGUUAUUAACAAACAUUCAAUACUUCAUAAUCAGUUAUCAAACUAUUCAUUGAUUAAUUAAUUAAAAAAAGAAUAUACAGUGGCCCUAUUAAGGAAUUUCAACACUUAAGCUUAAAAAAAAAAAAAAAAAAAAAAAAAAAACUAUGUCCAAAAAGUUUCUAGGACAACUUUUUUGAAAGCAUCUGAAAAUAUAUGAAUCAAAGUUGAAUGACAUUUGAAUGUACAAUAGGCCACACGAAAUAAUGAUCUGUUCAGCAUUUUAUACAAUGUUUGUUGACAUUAAUAAUAAUUUAUUAUAGAAUAAUAAGUUAUUAUAGAACUUUAUUUUAAAUUAUAAUAUUAUUAAUAAUUAAUUUUUAAGGAUUUUUCCUACCAGAAUGUGCAUUUACAUUUACUUUUAAUUGCAUUUUGUACCAUAUACUAUAUUUUGUGUUUUGUAUGUUGCACUUCAUUUUUUUUUUUGAGAAAAUGUUAUUAUUUCAUUGGCCACUGGGCGCCGCCUUUGUGUACUUUAUUACUUAGCCUAGAUUUAAAUAUUAAAAUGUUAUUAUUGAUAUUAUUAUAUAUUUUUGUUAUUGUUUAUAAAUGUUAUAUAAUAUAAAACAAAUUAAACAUUACAUGCAUCCACGUCAU